GUUUCAUCUUCAGCUGUGGAUGUGUGAAUGGUGUACUGAGCCGUGGAAAAAAAAAGGCAGCUUCCCCUGGCAGGCAUCAUCCCCCUCAGCACAGUCUGACCGCCCACAGCCCGGGGGGAGAGAGAAAGUGCUGCUUUGUGAAUGAAGGGAGCGGCGGAGAGCAGCAAACUAACUUUACCAACAGUAUUUCCGUCGGCUUUUUCACAUUCAGCUGAGGAGCUUUCGACGGUGCAACAAGCGACACCUGGACGACACGGAGCAAGGAAACACAGAGCUCCCCUCGCUGCAAACAUGGUCAGUUUGGCCUGUGUGGCCUGCCUCUGCCUGGUGGUGGUAGUCAGUGGUGACCCCUGCCUCAUUAUCAGCGAGAUCAACGCUGACAACCCCAGACUGGACACCACUGAGUUUGUGGAGCUGUAUCACACCAGCGGACAGCGAGCCGCACUGGAUGGCUACACCCUCGUGUUCUAUAAUGGGAAUGGAAAUAUAGCCUACAAAGUGCUGGACCUGAAAGGCCACAGCACAGACGAUAGAGGGUUCUUCCUGGUGGGCUCGGUGGACAUGCUGCCCAAACCGUCCAUCCUCCUGCCUCCCAACACAGUCCAGAACGGCCCAGACGCCAUCGUCCUCUACCACACAUCUGCUGCCCGCUACAGUGAGAAGAUGAAAGUUACAGCCCACGGGCUUGUGGACGCUGUUGUGUACAUGACUCGUCGCACUGGGGGCGCGGAGUUCCUCGCUGAGACUCUGACACCAGGAGAACCAGCUUUCGUCGAGGAUGAAACAGCCCUGGAGGGGGACGAGUCAAUUGAGAGGUGCCUGCUGUCAGAAGAUCGUUGGGGCUUUCAGGUGUCCUCGCCGUCACCAGGUCAGAGGAAUAACUGCACCCCGCCUGCGGCUCCGGCAACCAUUCCUGUCAUCACUGAGCUGAAGCUGGGAGGAGGGCAGGUGGACGGGUUUGUGGAGCUCACCGAGGCUCCAGCUGCAGGUCCUCUGGUGCUGGUUGUGUUGGACGGGAGAACGGACAGGGUCAGCGUGAGUGUGGACGUGAACGUGGACACCUCCAGGAACGGGUUGAUCUCUGUGACCAUAGAGAAGAGCUUUAUGAAAGGAGAUGAGUCUGGGGCGGUGGCUAUUUACAGUGGCAGAGCCUCAGACUUCCCCGUGGGCAGUCCGCUGAGCCAGAUACAGCCUCUCGAUGCAUUUGUGUUCGCUGGACCUGGAAACAAGCCUAGUGCCAACCUCACAGAAACUCUCAUCCCUGGCAGAGAGCCCUACCAACUCAGUAACAGUUUGAGAGAGGGAGGCUUCUACCUGAGUCGCUGUGGUGUGGCCACCUGGGCGAGAGAUCCCGGUGUCUUCUGGGAGGCCCCACAAACUCCGGCACAGCCCAACCAGUGCCCCUGGCCAAAGAUCUGCCCGCACAGUCUUGUGGUUCCAGGAGGAACAGAUUCACCGCCUCACCUCCCACCUUGGGGGAACAGCGACUUCCUGAUCAAUGAGCUGAACACUGACACACCUGGCGCAGCUGAGGACGGCGAGUACAUCGAGCUGUGGCACCCAUCAGGACGCCGGGUCUCCCUGCAGGGCAUCUGGAUACUCCUGUUCAGUGCACACAACAACAGACCCUACAGAGAGAUCAGCCUAAGUGGACACUUCACCACUUCUAAGGGCUACUUUCUGCUGGGCAGUGACAGGUUGGUGCCAGCUCCGUCACUCCGCCUGCCCCCCAACACCAUCCAGAAUGGACCAGAUGCUGUGGCACUCUAUCGCAGCCCUUUUGGCCCGCCGUCAGCCGCACAGAGGGGGAUCCCCACCAAGGGCCUGCUGGAUGCAGUCGUGUACCGGCAGAGAGGAUCGGAUAAAGAGGCGCAGGAGCUGAGUAAAGCUCUGACCCCGGGUCAGCUGCCUCUGCUGGAGGACCCUGAGGUGUUGCCUGGUGAUGAGGCGCUCAGCCGCUGUAGAGGCCUUUACCCCUACGACCUGUCUGCUUUCUCAGUGGCUCCACCCACACCCCUGAGGGAGAACAGCUGCCCCCGUCCCCCUCCAGCCCCUGAAGGUGUGGUCAUCAGUGAGGUGGCUAGCGGCCAUUGGACCAAUCACAGCCAGCAGAGGGGCUUUGUGGAGCUGCACGGCCCCCCCAUGACAGAUCUGCGGGGCCUGGUGCUCUCCGUGUUUGACCAGGAGCGCAGUGGGACCGUCAUCGCUCUUCCUUUGACCGGAUCCAUCGACCAGGACGGAUUUUACAUUGUUGGGAAUGUCACUGGAGCAGAUCAGACUUUCCCAGAGGGCUCCGCGGUGCCGGUACGAGGAGCAGUAGUCCUGUGCUACGACCUGUUCAGCGUGUGUCGAGCUGGCACUGCUCUGACAAAUUCCAGUCUCAGAGAUGUUCUUGUGUUCAGUGAAAAGCAGCAGCUGCUCUCUUCUCUGUCCACCACCAGAGGGAGACAAGUGAUCCCAGCUGCCAGGUCAGUGGAAGAUGGUCCCGUUUCGCUCAGCCGGUGUUCAUGCUGCGAAGUGAGGAGCCCCUCCUCCUGGACAACCUCUUCGCCCACACCUCACAGCUCCAACCUCUGCCCGAGCUCUGCCUUCUCAAGUCACAUCGACCUCUGCCUGGGACCCCUGUCCAGUGACUGGCAGGAGCAAUCAGGAGACUGCAGUGGUCUAAUCCAGGGGAAGAGGGUUGCUGAGGUGGCCAACUACCUGGAGCAGAGGUGUCACUGUGGCAUCUCUGCCUUGUAUCUCCAAGGAGCCAAUUUUUCUUGUGGGUCUGGGUGGCUACGAGUGUGGGGCAACAUCCAAGCGCUGUCGGAUCAUCAGAAGGCCCUCAUCAUCCAGACAUCGCACAUGAAUCCUUCAUCCGCUCAGGGAGACGUCUGCUCCACUCCAACCACGGACCGUUACACGAGCACAGCGUCUGCCCUGGGGUUACAGAUAGGGCUGAUAGUAGCGGUGCUCCUGCUGCUGGGACUCGGAGCUGCUCUGUUCACAUAUUUCUACAGGAGGAGGCGCCCUCUGGACUAUUACACCAUGGAGCUGAGUGAACACGCAGAGGGACUGUCAGAUCUAUAAUCCAGGCAUCUGGAAGUGCUCAUGUGCGUGGGACUUCAAAGGAGUGAGAGCGAGAGGCGAGGGGGGGGUAAUCAGAGGUUUAAUUGACCUGUUCAUAACUGAUUGUGCCAUUGUUUUGAAACGAAUGCCACCACAAGUGUCCUUCUGUGUGUCUUUGGAAGAUCACUGACUCGUAGUUGUCUGUUAACAGCGUGGUUGCAUCCAGUGUGUGACAUGUGAUAUUUCAUGGCACCAGUGACAGUUAAAUCAGGCAGCCCAUGAAUUUUAAAAAGCAAGAUAACAUAUUUUUCUAGAGGUCGCUGCACAACUUUUGCCUGUGAACAGUGCUGGUUACUACUUUUAAAGGAAAAGGGAGGAUUUUGUUUUUAAUACUUGAGUCCUAAAUGGUCAUUUUUGUUGACUUGUUUAUGUUACUGUGGAAAAAGCCUUUUAAAUUAAAAAAAAAUUAAACAACCAUGCUAUGCAGGAAGCUCCAUCGAUCUAAUGACCUUCAUCACAUUUGCAGCUGGUAUGAUGUUUUAACAACAGACUUUAUAACCAAGGUAAUGUUUGUUAGGCUCACAUUCAGUCGUCAAAACAGUCGACUUCCUGCUUUGUUUUCCUGCUACAUGCUGUAAAACUCUAGUCUCUCAAAGGGCUUGAUUGUCUUUUAAAUGUGAAUGUCUGUAGUUAACUUGUGAUGAGUGUCUGUAACCACUUUUGUGUGCUUACUCAAAGCAAACUGUUUACAUUUUCUCAAUCAAAAAUUAGAAAAAGGGAUGAGAGAGUAAUUCCUUGAAUGCAGAGUAUUUGUCUUUAGUAAUGAGAGUUUGCUUAAGAAAAUCAGAACUAUCUUACAUUUCACUUGUGUUAUCUUUGUUUGUUUUUGUUUUUAGUGGCUCAGAAACCUCUGUGCCUUUUUACUUGUGUGUUAUUUGAUCAGCUGGUUCCUCGUUUAUUAGAGGGAAAGUACAGCCAUCUCUGCUGCAGUUUUAAGUGUAAAUACUAUGGAUAUGUUGUUAGUUAUUCUCGGGGUGGUUCGGAGGCAGUUAUUGCCAAUCUGAAGUAAUAACUUAUUGUGGAAAUGAAGAAACUACUGUAGAUGGGUUCAGAGCAAAAAGUGAAAUCUUCUGAUUGGUUAAAGGGGCAGUGUGUAGGAUUUAGCAGCAUCUAGUGGUGAGGAUUGCAGAUUGCAACCAGCUGAAACUUUUCCCAGGUGCCAAGCAUGAAAACCCCAUUAGAAUUCCUUCAGUGUUCACUGUUAAGGAGGUUUUUACUGGGAGCCGAAUUAUACAAAACAGAGUGGGUGAUUAAAACCGGUAAAACCAUUGAAUAAAGCAGUUUCAUGCGACAGUAUUACAGAAUUUAUAUCAUUAUCAAUCAGAAUGACCCUUAAAUAUUAAGGGCUGCUAACUACAGUCGCUGACGCAUAAUUGUUUGGUCCAUUCUGAGGUACUUUAGAAGCAUGGCGGACCCGCUCCCUGUGUAGAUGUAAAUGGAUCACUACAAUACCAACUAUAUUAUAUUUGAUUGCUGCCAAUAUAUCCCGCUAAAUCCUACACCCUGGACCUUUAAAUUAGUUUGAUUCCACUUUUUGAACAGAUUCAAACAAUCUUAAAAAAAGUUGAAUUUGAAAAAAACAGAAAUUGCCAAUACAAAGUGCCAUGAAAUAAACGUAUAAGCCUGGAUAUGCUCCGUUUUUAAUAUAGUUAAUGUUCCGCUUACCUUGUCAUGUUGCCUUACUCAUUUGCUGUGGUGCACAGAAUCUCAAUUUGUUUGCUUUAAUCACCACAGUCAGCACUGUUUUCUUCAGAUCUUACUUCUCAGUGUUGACGUUUAUUAAUACACCUCUGUCAAGCUACACUGCUGCUUUCAUAUAAGUUCAGCUAUUGUGCAAAAAAGAAAAGAAAAACUGGAUGUAAAACAAGCAAAAAGCCCUUUUUUGUGUGUUUAGCGAGCAGAUAAUUGAAUGAUUUCCCCCCUUGAAAUUAUGUUUUGUGUAAUGUUCAUAAUUGUAAACUUCUAUAUUUUUAGGUUUUGUGUAAAAUGGUACAUGUAGAAAGUUUUAAAUGUAAAGAAGAAGGGAAUAGCGCCUCAAGAUUACACCACAAAUAUUGUGUUGACAUGCAAUUGUGCUGAUAUGUAAUGUAACACUUCUGCUCAUACACUUGUUUUACAUGAGAGUCAUGUUCAUUCCUGUAUGUACUGUAUUUAUAUACACUGUGUAGGGCACUGACAACAAGUGGAAAAAAAUUAGAUGAAGAGAUGUUCAAAUCUAACACAACUCCAAGGGAAGUCAGACACCUAUAAAUGUUUGUCUGUGUACACUCAGCGAAGAACUUACAGACUGAAGGAGACGUCACACAAAACUUUGGAAAGAAAACUUUGCAUCAUCUGCAUCUCCAGGUCACAUGUCAAAAGCUUUUUAUCCAGUGUUUGCCUCACAGUUUAUUUCCCCCUGUGUUCCUUCAAAUGUCAUACUGUACACAUGUAGCAGGUUUGAAAUAAAAUACUUCAGCAGAUGUGCAAUUUGCGCAGCAUCACAGUCA